AUGAAGGCCACCGCGCUUCUUUCCAUCGCGCUCUGUGCCGCGUUUGGUGCAGCCCAGAACCUGGAUGACAUUUCUGAAUGCGGACGCAUGUGCAUCAACAAUAUGUUGAACAAAGCUUCCGAACUCGGCUGCGACAGCACUGACAAGGCGUGUCUCUGCAGCAAGCAGAACUUUGCCUUUGGUCUUCGUGACUGUACCCUGCAGGCUUGCGGGGCCGAGGACCUUCCAAAAAUCAUUGCUGUUGGCCAAGCGAUUUGUGCCUCCGAAGGCGGCUCCAUGACUGCGUCCGGUACUGCGUCAGAUACUGCAACUGGCACUCCUACUGGCACUCCUACUGGCACUGAUGGCCCCGAUUCCACUCCAUCAGAGACUGCCUCUAGUACUCCUACUGGCACCCAUGGCACUGAUUCUACUCAAACCAGCGGCUCUCCAUCUGCUACCCAGACUACUGGCAUUGUCCCUGGUGGGGAGUCAUCCGCCUACACUACCUCUGCCAUCGUCUCCACCGUGACUUCCGGCACUGAGGUUAUUGAAACCACCGUCGGCUCUACCACUCUCUACACACAAGUCAGCGACUCCAACGGCACGGCCAGUCCCACGUCCGGCCUCACCGGCACACCCACUUCUGGCUCGGUCGCUGAAACGACCACCGAGAGCCCUACUGAGACUGAAAUUCCCCCAGGCCAAACCACGCCAGCUGAAGGAGCUGCGGGUCGCGUCAUGACAACUGCUGCACCUGGCGUCGCUGGAGCUCUUGGUCUCAUCGCUCUUCUCGCCAUGUAA